ACUGAGGAAGCAGCAAAGGCGGCGCGUGCAGCCCUUGAAUAUCACGAACUCUGCCUCCUUGUUCCCCACCGUCUGAUUGGCCGUAUCCUUUCAAUGCGAACUACCAGCAUGCUGUCAAUCAAUGAGAAAUCCGACGUGAAACACGUGCACUUGGAGGAGGAUCCCAGCAAACUGCCAACCAAAGUUGAUCCUGUUAGUCCGGAUUCGGAUCGACCCCCAAGCUGCCUCCGAUACUACCUGGAUCGUCAUCUUAAAGCUGUUGCUCCUCCGAUCACCACAGAGAUAGCCUAG